AGCGGCAGGGCGUUGAGGUAGACGGAUGCCGGCUAAGAGGCAACUGCAACCGGGACAAGAUAGCCGUCUCACUGCGUGCGGCGCCAGGGCCAUGGGGUGGCACGUCGUCGCCGCGCACCGCGCGCCAAAGCUGCAGCUCCUGCCGCCGCCUCUGUGCCUGCUCUUUCUGGCCUGCGUGGGGGGGCCGCUUUUGGCGCGCGCGCUGCCUUCCAAGGCGUCGCGCGGCGUCGCCGUCCCCUUCGUCUUCGACCCGCACGCCGUCUGCAGCCCGCCUUGUCAGCACGGAGGCCUAUGCAUCCGGAACAGCACUUGCUUCUGCUCCAAGGGCUACGAGGGCGAGCUCUGCCAGUAUGCAACUUGUUAUCCAAAAUGUAAAAACGGUGGAAAGUGUCUCAGACCUGGAAAAUGCAGGUGCCAGCCUGGCUAUGGAGGAAGAUACUGUCAUAAAGUAAGCUGUGAAGGAGGAUGUCAAAACAGUGGGGAAUGCAUCUCUGUCAAUGGGGUGGUAAAGUGCCUUUGUGCUUCAGGAUGGACAGGAUCAAGAUGCCAAGAAGCGGUUUGUCCUCAGGGAUGUCGGAAUGGAGCAGCUUGUGUGGCUCCUGGAAUCUGCAGCUGUGCGACUGGCUGGGUUGGCGGAGCGUGUCAUUUAGCAUUGUGUAGACUGCCUUGUCACCAUGGAGGCAAAUGUAUCGCUCCAGAUGUGUGCAGAUGCCGUUCACCAUACUCUGGUAUACAGUGUACAAAGAAAAUUAAAAAAUGAAACAGCCUCUCUGAAGAUGAAUGCUUUUAUUUUAAUGAAUAAACAUUGGUAGAAAUGAGAAAUUUUGCUUUAUGCUAAUUGUUUCCUAAAUAGAUUUUAAAAAUCCUGAUUAUAUAUAUUAAAGGAAAGCUCUCCUAUACUAAAGGGCAAUUUAAAUUUUUUAAAAGGCAAUAUCAACGCGGUUGAAUGUGUUUAAAAAUAUAUGUGAGUAUGGAGAAUUUGGAUGCAUGCGGAUACUUUGAUGUUUCAUU